GCCUCGGGCGCAUGCGCAGACUGUCGGUGGUGGCCAUGGUGACGGCGGUAGCCAGGAAGACUGUUCAGAAAGGAAAACUCAUGGAUCUCACAAGCACAGUCAUCAUCCCACUGCUUUUUGGCAGCUUGGGAAUCUUUGCCCUUUUCCGGCUGCUGCAGUGGAUGCGGAUGCGAGCUUACCUCCAGGAGGCAGUGGUCGUGAUCACAGGGGCUACCUCUGGCCUGGGGAAAGAAUGUGCAAAAGCCUUCCAUGCAGCUGGCUCCAAGCUGGUGCUCUGUGGCAGAGACAGCGAGAAACUCAAAGACCUGGUACAGGAGCUUUCUACCAUGACCAACCACCGAAAGAAUACACACAAACCUCACACUGUGGUAUUUGACCUCUCGGACACUAAAACUGUCCUAAAUGCUGCUGAAGAGAUCCUGAAGUACUUGAGUCAUGUGGACAUACUGAUCAACAAUGCAGGAAUUAGCUUCCGAGGCACAAUUGUGGACACCGGACUGGAUGUGGACAAGAAAGUGAUGGAAACAAAUUAUUUUGGUCCGGUAGCCCUCACCAAAGCACUUCUCCCCUCCAUGAUCAAGAGGAGACAAGGCCACAUUGUGGCCAUCAGCAGUGUUCAAGGCAAAAUAAGCAUUCCUUUCAGAUCCGCAUAUGCUGCCUCUAAGCAUGCUACCCAGGCCUUCUUUGAUUGUCUACGAGCAGAGGUAGAGCAGUAUGACAUUGAUGUGACAGUUGUAAGCCCCGGAUACAUUCAGACAAACCUCUCUCUCAAUGCUGUAACAGCAGAUGGAUCUCGCUACGGAGUUAUGGACAAGAACACCGCGGAAGGACAGACAGCCGCAGAGGUUGCUCAGGUGGUUCUCAAUGCAGUGGGACAGAAGAAGAAGGAAGUACUUGUAGCUGGCCUAACACCCUGCCUGGCUGUCUACCUGCGAAACCUCUGCCCCAGGCUCUUCUUCACCUUAAUGGCAACUAGAGCAAAAAAGGAGAGAAAAGCAAAGGACUCUUAGAGCUCAGCUCAUUCGAGCAGUAAUUGUAGGGAGAGGCCAAGCCCCUGCAGUUUGGCUGGGACAUCAGUGGAGGUGCUCCUGCAGGAAAAACCUUUCUCAAAAUGCUGCAAUUUACCAUUGCAUGGAGAGUGGGAAGCAGCUUCCCCCACAUCAGGGCAGGCCCACUUGCUGGAGGACAGCACCUAAACCUCACCUGAAGAAGGGUGUUUGGACAAAGGGGGAGCUGAGGCUGCAUGUGGGGCCACGUGCUAGGAGACAGCACCUUACCUCACCUCACUCCAGGCGUGCUCAGCUUUACUGGCCUGCUGCAAAUAAAACCUACCUGUUUUGCCUUCACACAAGCUUUCCCCACCCCAUGACCCCUGUGAAAUACAGUCCUCAGCUGGGAGCUCUCAUGAUCAGUGUCUCCUUCCCACUCCUUCCAAUCUGAUGUAGAACAUGACACUUCACAGAGCCUCUGCUUGUUAAUGUGCCAAAACAUCUGGCAUGUUAAGUUGAACCCAAGUCCAGUGCCACCUUUAAAGUAGUAACUGAUGUAAAAAUUUAAGUUUUAUUUGGCAAUUAUUUUAUCUGACUCAGUCAUGCUGUACCAAUGUACAGGGACAUUUAACUCUGCACUACCUGACAGUACAGUACUAACGCCAGCACAGUUAAUGCGGGGGAAGUGCUGAAUGCGUAGAAAAUCGCACAGCAAGGUGUGCUGUUGCGUGUAAAUACUGCGCAGCUGCCAGCAGCACAGCUGGUUCACCUGCAGGCCUGGUGCACAGGGCAGGUGCAAGUCUGCAGGUGCCAGGCACACCAUCUCCUGGCAAGCAAGAGAAUCUGUGUAGGGCAGACAGUGCAGGAGACAGACCCUUAGUUCGCAUCUGUUUUAAAACAAUCACGGAUGUUAAUUGGGAUCACAUCCAGUGGGGGAACAAUACAUGCCUGUCCACAUGUCACAGGCCUGAGGGAGUGCCAUAGCCUGCUCUUCACCUCUUCUCACAUGAGGGAUACCCACACCACUAGGGCAAAGGAGUGGCUGCACAGAGAUAGUUCAGGAAGGCCAGAAAUAAUAUUUUUAAACUUUUAAUUGAAAUAAAGCCUACUAGUAGGAACCAAGGCCCAGACCCCUGCUGCCACCUCCAUGCACCUACCAGCAUUCUCUAUAUGUACUGCCUUGUAUGUCCUGCCUGUGAGUGCAUCUCUGAUGACAAAUAAAUUACAUUGCUCUGAAA